AUGGAAGCUGUGAACAUCCUUCUCUGUCUGCUUCUAACUGCCUUUCAGGAUGCCUAUUCAUGCAGGUAUAACUGUGGAUACCACUUUGGCACUUGUUCAUGUACACACUCCUGUCAGUACUAUGGAAACUGUUGCUAUGACUUCGACAGCUACUGCUCAAUGACAACCGACUGGCCAGAUACAACAGCUUCCUCCUGCAUGUAUAACUGUGGAUACAACCUCGGCAGCUGCUCAUGCCACUACAACUGUCAUUACUAUGGCAACUGUUGCCCUGACUACGACAAGUUGCCCUCCUGCAGGUAUAACUGUGGAUACAACUUCGGCAGCUGCUCAUGUGACUACGACUGUCGUUAUUAUGGCAACUGUUGCCCUGACUAUGAUAGCCACUGCUUAACGCCAACAACAACUUUCGAGAUAGAUACAACAGGAAAAGCUCCCUCCUGCAUGUAUAACUGUGGAUACUACGCUAGCAGCUGCUCAUGCACUUACAACUGUCAUUAUUAUGGGGACUGUUGCCCUGACUACGACAACUACUGCUCAUCGACAAGUGAAACUCCAGUGACCUGGGAUGAAACAACAGAAACAGAAACAACAGCAGGUCCCUCCUGCAUGUAUUACUGUGGAUACCAUUUCGGCAGCUGCUCAUGCAACUACGGCUGUCAGUUCUAUGGCAACUGUUGCUAUGACUUUCACUGGUAUUGCCCAUCAUACACAACAACAGAGACACACCCUGAGUGUGGAGGACACCUGUAUGGUUCUGGGCUGUUUUCCAGUCCAAACUACCCCAGCUAUUACCAUGACAAUGCCUACUGUGUGUGGUAUCUCUCUGCUCAGCAAGAACAGAGGAUAUUCCUGACAUUUGCUGAUGUGCAAUUGGAGCGCUGCUGUGACUGUGACUACAUCACAGUAUACGACGGCUCUUCCACUGGUCAUCCACAGCUGGGAAAGGUCUGCUUCAAUGACACCACACCCCAGGUGUUUCACUCUUCUUCACGAUACUUGACUGUUGUCUUCAGGAGCGACUACUCUGGUGUCAGCCAUGGUUUCAAGGCCCUUUUCACAAGCUCUCUCACUGAAGAUCAAGACAACAUGGUCAUUGUCAUUCAAAGGUCUUACCUGAACUCACUCGGGUUGAGUGCAAAUGACCUUUAUGUAGAUGACCAUCUUUGCAGACCCUCCAUUAGCAGUACUGAGGUUGUGUUCAGAUUCCCACUUGACGCAUGUGGGACCGCCAAAGAGAUGAUGAAUGGUUAUGUGUCAUACACCAACAAUGUGCGGGCCUCUCAGUCUCAGUCGGGUGAAAUCACUCGUCAGUCACAGUUCCUGCUACACGUGGGCUGUCGAAUGGAGCCGGACACCAUGGUGCAGAUAUUCUACAAGGCCAGGGAGAACAUCAAUGCCAACAUCACAGGAAUGGGCCGCUUCAAUGCCAGCAUAGCCUUCUACACCUCCAGCAGUUUCUACUAUCAAAUUUACGACUCUCCAUAUGAGGUGAACCUGAAUCAGUUUCUGUACGUUCAGGUCGAGCUAAACAGGCAUGACAACAGUCUGGAUCUCUUCCUGGACACAUGUGUAGCAUCUCCAAAUCCCAAUGACUUCAAAGAUCGCUCCUAUGACCUGCUCCGUAAUGGAUGUCACAGAGACAACACAUAUUAUUCCUACACCAGCGGUCAUCACUACUACGCUCGGUUCAGAUUCCAGGCUUUCAAGUUCCUCCGGACUCACGCCUAUGUGUACCUGCAGUGUAAGGUGAUCAUCUGCCCCAAUAACGAUUACAACUCUCGCUGCCGGCAAGGCUGCCGCUUCCGUCGCAAGAGAUCCCUUGACAGCACCUACCACACCAAUACUGUGACGCUGGGACCAAUCAAACUCAAAGGACAAAGGCAUGGUGUGAAGGAUUCAGAGAAGUCAAAGGAAUGAACUGGAAUGGAAGGAAUGAAUAAAUCAUCUACUUGAUCAUCAGCUUUAUCAUUACUAUUAUCUUUAUUAACCACCCAGCAAAUGAACCGAAACACAAAUUGUAUUUCUGCAAUUCAAUAAAGCAUUUCUA